CUCCCUUUCUUCUCAGCAAUCAGUGUUCAAAGUCACCGAUAUUGACCUUGACUUAUUGAGCUCCCCAUGUUUAUCUAUCUUUUAUCUUCAUUUCUAUUCACUGAAUUUCGUUUAUCAUUUUCUCCCUUCUCAUCAGCUUCGAAACUAAAUUUUUUGUCAUCCAACAAAAGCAGAACUACUCUCUCUCUCUCUCUCUCUCUCUCUCUCUCUCUCUCCUUUGAGGGAAUGGCCCUCGCGCCAGCGGGUAACAAACCCCCUCUUCUUCUUCUUCUCCUCAUCCUGUUUUCAGUAUCCUGCGACGGAAAUCAAAACCAGCAAUUUAUUAAUUCCUGCGGAGACAUCCACAACAUCUCCUUCCCUUUCCAAUUACAAGGCGACCCAUCCAACACCUGUAACGACUACCUCUAUACUCUUUCCUGCGACAAAAACAAUCGCACGGUCCUUCGUCUCUUAUCCGGAAAAUACUACGUCCAAUCAAUCGAUUACACCAACCACUCAAUCCGUCUAGUCAACGUAGGAAUCCAAACCAACAAUAUUUGCUCCUCUUUCCCUCUCUCCUCUUUCAACGGUAGCGAUUUCUACCCCCUGAGUUUUUCCUAUUAUUCGUCUUGGAGCUCGGUCUUGUUCCUCAGUUGUGAGAAACCAGUCCAAUCUCCUAGUUACAUAAACAGGACUCGUUAUUGUAACAGUACUAGAGACAAAUCUGGAAAUGGGUAUUAUUCGUAUGUCGUGGCGGGCAGAUAUGUUAGGGUUUGGGAUUUUGCCGAUUCGUGCCUUUUGGAGGUGUCAUACAUUUCUACGUCGCGGUUGAUCAGAAAAAGGGGAUCGAAUUUGUCGUGGUUGGAUCUCAAUAAGGAGUUAGGGUAUGGGUUUGAUAUUACGUGGGAUUACAACGUUGGAGGCUGUGAAAGAUGCAGGAAAAGGGCUUCCUGCUUCGGGGAUUCUGUGAAUGUCAGCGCCGUUUGUGACUAUUCUUGCGGCACCUUGUGGAGUCAAAUUGUCUGUAAGUAUUUGUCCACUGUUCAUUUUGAAUUUUGUGGAACUGCUGGACUUGUAGACCGAAUACAUUGGAGGUAACAUUUUGUGAUUGGCUAUCUAUGUUUGCAUGGACUCCGGUGCGAGUAUUGGAUCCAAGUGCAAGCGUCAGACCUUUCUAAACUUAAAUCUUAGGAUACUGGGAUAUGUGUCUCCAAAUUGGGUAUGGGUACGGGGACACGUCCUGAACACUUGUUUAUCGUAUAUCUAUCUAUAUUAUAAAAUAGAGCGAUUUUUGUCUAUACAUACAAAUCAGAGCAGCUCUCCAACCGUCGGAUCAAAUUUUCAAUGGUUUAUAACCAUUCAAUCAACUCCUUUAAUAAAUUAUUCUCUUCCUCCCUCUUUCCUUACUUUUUAGGCAAUAUCGUCUUUUCUGGGGACUGAUAUAUUUGAGUAUUUCUAUAUUUAAUAGCGUGCCAUUUAUUAUCAAAACCUUUUCUUCUCCCUAUUGUAAAUCUUAACUCUAUCAUUGAGGUGUUGUGCAUUGUCCACUCAUCCAUCAGAGAACUCUAUUGAAUUCCUUUCUUCCAUCAACUGAGGUAGCAAUAGAAGAACAUUAUAAAAACUUAGUCGCAAAAGAAUAAACUUUGUUUUUUCUUUUUCACAAUAGUAGUGCUUGAUAAUUUGUCUCAAUUGUAAGCCUGUAGCAUUCCUUUGAUUUGAUGGGGGAAAAACUCAAGUUGAAGCAUUCGUUAACUUACGAGAAGUGGAGUUUUAAAACUAUUCACUUUUUUUUUGGAUUAGUUGCUGGUUGAACUAUAUUGUAUACGCGUGUGAUAUAAGUAUUGGUUGAUCGUGAUAUCUAUUAACAAAUGGUUGUGCAUAAGUUAAUUAAAAUUUUCAUUUGGGUAUGUGCUCUUACUUUUUUAAUGGGUGCGGUAUUAUUUGUUGUGAAACUAUUCUUAGAAGAAAUUAGUUCAAUUUAUCCUAUUUGAAGAGAACUUGCAAAUUAAAUUAUAAAAUUUUUCAUUUGGGUUUGUUAAGUUGUAAUGAUCACUAUAAGGGAAGGAUAAUUUUUUUAAAAGUUAUAAUAAAAAAGUAUUGUGUCGUGCCUUUUCCUUUUUUUUUAUCAAUGUGUUGUGUCGUGCUUUAGGCACGGGCAAUCACUAGUAUAUAUUAUAUUGCAUAAUUUUUUCAAAUUAUGUGCCAUAAAUCAUAUUUAAUAAUGUAUUUAACAAGUAGGGGUUAAGAAAAAUAUAUUUUUGCUAUUUUCUUAUUUGUGUUCACGUGAAAUACUCGAAACAUUAUUUUUCUAGCUAAUGUGAUAUUCCUUCUCGGUAAAUAUCGUAACUAGAAAAUCUGAGUGCUCAAAAUAUAGGACUGGGGGGGCUGCUGUCCCUUCAAGGGACAGCAGCGUGUUGUCCCAGCCCAGGAGGCCCCGCUCCAGUCUCGCUCCAAUGAUCGGAAACGUUCACUUCGUAGAGCUCGUCGAGUUGAACAAGUAUGCAAAAAAUCAAUUUGAUCCGAUAUCUUUAAGUGUCUGAUCGGAACACAUAUAACUUUCCAAUAAUGGGUUCUAGUAAAUUUGAUUCAGUGUUUCGGAUCCAUUCUUUUCAAGACGA